AUGAUUCCGGUUAUUCUUCUUACCUGGGGAGACAUGCAAAAUUUCAAACAAGAAAAUCAUGAUUUUACUUUUUGUCUUUUACUUCUCGUUCACUCAGGUUGGUUUCAAUCGAAUCAAUUUUCCUCCUAUGGGUUGUUUUGUUUAGCUUGUGUUAGUUUUUCUUUGAUUGCCACUGCAUUAUUUUGUCAUGCUCUUUUAACAACAAUAACAAUUUUACUCUUGUCUGCUUAUACGGGUAUACAUUUCUACAUUCGAUUUCUAUUCAAUGAAAGAGAUUUCGCUAUCAUUACGCUUCGAUUAGGUUUUGUAUUGAUUUUAUUGAUUCUCUUUGUACCAUGGACGAAUAUUAUGGUCUAUUCAUAUCAAAUGAAGUUUCAGAAAGAAACGAUUUGCUCGCGGGAAGUAACUUUGUCUUGGUUGUUAAAUCUUGAUACAAUCUUAAUUAUUUCUCUCUUGACGUUAAAUGUUCGAAGCAAAGCAAAUUUAAAUCAACAGCAACUGAUUAUCUUUGCAAUCGGUCUUGCAUUGCUUGGUUUAUGGUUAAGUUUAGGGAAGAUUCUGAUAAAAACGUCUCGCCAUUGGAUAGUUUUGACUAGCUUUUAUAUGCUUUCAAUUCUGCAUAUGAUCUGUUUAGCAUAUACAACUUAUUGGGCAAAACUUGAGUAUGAACUACUGUCGAAAAGCAAUCAAAACAAUUUGCUUCCAUUGUUGGUCAUCACAGUGAUCUGUGGGUGUACAAGUGUUCUGGUUCAUCUUCUGACAAUAGUUCUGAGUUUAUCUUUAUCGUGUACAUGA